CACCACUCUCGUAUAUAGUAGUAAUUAAAAAGCAAAUCGAAUAGUAUUUGGACAUGUAGAACCUGGAAAAAGAAGAAGAGAAGGAGGGACUAUAACAGUCAAAAUUCGUAAAACCCUAAUCGGUUGCCAAAUUCCAGUAUGGAGGGAAUACAGAAGGCUUUUCGUAGUGCCAUGUCUCAGGAUCCUAAUGGCAGUUUAAGUUCCAUUUCUUCUGCUCUUGAAAAGGCACCCAUUAAAUCUUCUGCUACUGUUUCAUCGGCUGAUCAAUCACAGCUUUUGCUUACUCGAUCUUCCAGACAAGCAGUAUCACUGUGGACUUGCUCAAAGCUCUGUGCCAUUUGUUUUGUUGCUGGAAUAUUUGUUGGUUAUACACUGAAGCGUCGUGUACGCCGAUGGGCUUCCAAAUUUCUCAAGGGAUUGAAGGACUAACAAGUUUUGGAUACUUCCAGUUUCUGAUUGUAAUUUCAUUUUCCAUGCUUGGUUGAGAAUAUUGAUGGAUUAUACCUGAGUGCCAGACAGGAUGUCAACACCGUGUUUUGCAUGGUUGAGCGCCUGGACCAUGGUGAUGAGAGUUGACCUGGCAUCACCCUCUUCAUAAACACUUGUAAGAUAAUUGUGCAUCUCUAUCAGACCCUGUUUCAUUUAAAUCAUCAGAAAAGGUAUAGGUGAGUCAAUUACUAAUAUAUCAUAGCUGAAUACUUGAUAAGAUGAUAAAGGGUUCCUG